AUUCUCUUAUCAAUUAACCCUAAGAACGCCGUCUUAGUCUCUCUUCGAGGCUACUUUCAAAUUCGCCACUUCCGUUCAUCUGUUCUCUACAUCGAUAAGCGAAGAUGGUUCAAUACAAUUUCAAGAAGAUCACUGUUGUUCCCAAUGGGAAGGAGUUCGUUGACAUCAUCCUUUCACGCACUCAGCGUCAGACACCAACUGUUGUCCACAAGGGCUACAAGAUUAACCGUCUCCGUCAGUUCUACAUGAGAAAGGUUAAGUACACUCAGACCAACUUCCAUGAGAAGCUCUCUACAAUCAUUGAGGAGUUUCCUCGCCUUGAUCAAAUCCAUCCUUUCUAUGGUGAUCUUCUUCACGUGCUUUACAAUAAAGAUCAUUACAAGCUUGCUUUAGGCCAAGUGAAUACUGCCAGGAACUUGAUUAGCAAAAUCUCCAAGGAUUAUGUGAAGCUACUCAAGUAUGGUGAUUCUUUGUACCGGUGCAAGUGUCUUAAAGUAGCUGCUCUUGGUCGUAUGUGCACUGUUUUGAAGAGGAUCACUCCUAGUUUGGCUUAUCUCGAGCAGAUCAGGCAGCACAUGGCAAGGCUUCCUUCCAUUGACCCGAACACUCGUACUGUCUUGAUCUGUGGAUACCCUAAUGUGGGCAAGAGUUCUUUUAUGAACAAGGUUACCAGAGCUGAUGUUGAUGUCCAGCCAUAUGCUUUCACCACCAAAUCGCUGUUUGUUGGUCACACUGAUUACAAGUACCUGAGAUACCAAGUCAUUGAUACCCCCGGGAUUUUGGACAGGCCAUUUGAAGACCGUAACAUCAUUGAAAUGUGCAGUAUCACAGCUUUGGCCCAUCUUCGAGCUGCUGUUUUGUUCUUUCUGGACAUUUCUGGAUCAUGUGGUUACACCAUUGCUCAGCAGGCUGCUCUUUUCCACAGCAUUAAGUCCCUGUUUAUGAACAAACCAUUGGUGAUUGUCUGCAACAAGACUGAUUUGAUGCCAAUGGAAAACAUCUCUGAAGAAGAUCGGAAGCUGAUUGAAGAGAUGAAAGCUGAAGCUAUGAAGACUGCAAUGGGAGCAAGUGAAGAAGCUGUACUUUUGAAGAUGAGUACUCUGACAGACGAAGGUGUGAUGUCUGUGAAGAAUGCCGCAUGUGAGAGGCUGUUAGAUCAAAGGGUAGAGGCGAAGAUGAAAUCCAAAAAGAUCAACGACCACCUAAACAGGUUCCAUGUGGCUAUGCCGAAGCCUCGUGAUAGCAUAGAAAGGCCCCCUUGCAUACCUCAGGUUGUUUUGGAGGCUAAAGCUAAGGAAGCAGCUGCAAUGGAGAAACGAAAGACAGAGAAAGAUUUGGAAGAGGAAAAUGGUGGAGCUGGAGUUUAUUCUGCUAGUCUAAAGAAGAACUACAUCUUGCAUCAUGAUGAAUGGAAGGAAGACAUUAUGCCUGAGAUUCUCGAUGGUCAUAAUGUGGCUGACUUCAUUGAUCCAGACAUUUUGGAGAGGCUUGAGGAGUUGGAACGUGAAGAAGAGUUAAGGCAGGCUGGGGUUGAAGAAGCCGAUAUGGAAAUGGAUUUUGAAAAGCUUUCGGAGGAGGAGGUGAAGCAGCUUGCUGCCAUUCGAAAGAAGAGAGCUGUACUCAUUCGAGAGCACAGGCUCAAGAAGACCGUUGCACAGAACCGAUCAACUGUUCCAAGAAAGUUUGAUAAGGACAAGAAGUACACAACAAAGAGAAUGGGUAGGGAGUUAUCAGCUAUGGGACUUGAUCCGUCUUCUGCAAUGAACCGUGCAAGAAGCAAGUCUAGAGGGAGAAAGAGGGAUCGAUCAGAAGAUGCGGGUAACGAUGCAAUGGACGUGGAUGAUGAGCAACAGUCGAACAAGAAGCAGCGUGUGAGAUCAAAGUCUAGAACUAUGUCGAUAUCAAGAUCUCAGUCAAGGCCUCCUGCACAUGAAGUUGUGCCUGGUGAAGGAUUCAAAGACUCUACUCAGAAGAAAUCGGCCAUUAAGAUUAGCAAUAAAUCUCACAAAAAGAGAGACAAGAAUGCACGUCGUGGUGAAGCUGACAGAGUUAUACCGACACUUAGACCGAAACAUUUGUUUUCAGGCAAGAGAGGGAAAGGAAAAACCGACAGGCGUUGAUGAAACCAAACAAGAGAAAACAGAUGCUGCAGCAAUUGAAGAAUCUCUCUCAAGUUUUGGAAUUUGCUUUACCUUUAGUUUACUUGUUAUGUUUUGCAUCGUUUGUGUUUUUUCGCAGACAUUUAUGGAUUAUUAUUAUUAUAGCUUUCCAGUGUGUUUGGAGGACGAAUAUUCGUUUAAGCAAACCUUAUUAUAAUGGCUUUUUUGGAAUUAAAGAUUCUAAGAUAAG